GGCCGGGGCGGAGAGGGUGGAGGAAGGGGCGGUGCUGCGGUCCGGCUCUAGGAAGCGGGGUCCUCCCGGGUGUGGACGCUGUGUUCGGGCCGCGAUGAGCUUGGUACCUGGGCCCCGAGAGGCUGGCCUGGCAGGUGAGGAACAAAAUAUAACAGAAACAGAUGCCUUCUAUAAAAGUGAAAUGUUUGAUCCAGCAGAAAAGUACAAAAUGGACCACAAGAGGAGAGGACUUGCGUUAAUCUUCAAUCAUGAGCGGUUCUUCUGGCACUUAACGCUGCCGGAGAGGCGGGGCACCAAUGCGGACAGGGACAAUCUCCUGCGCAGGUUGUCAGAUCUAGGAUUUGAAGUGAAAUGCUUUAAUGAUCUUAGAGCAGAAGAACUGUUGCUCACAAUUCAUGAGGCAUCAACCACUAGCCAUCUAGAUGCCGAUUGCUUUUUGUGUGUUUUCCUGAGUCAUGGCGAAGGCAAUCACAUUUACGCAUAUGAUGCAAAAAUUGAAAUUCAGACACUGACGGGCUUGUUCAAAGGAGACAAGUGUCAGAGCCUGGUUGGAAAACCCAAGAUAUUUAUCAUUCAGGCUUGUCGGGGAAGCCAGCAUGAUGUGCCAGUCAUUCCUUUGGAUGUCGUGGAUCAUUGCACAAACAAGCCGGAGGCCAACGUCACCGAGGUGGACGCAGCCUCAGUUUACACACUUCCUGCCGGAGCAGACUUCCUCAUGUGCUACUCUGUUGCAGAAGGUUAUUAUUCUCAUCGGGAAACUGUGAAUGGCUCUUGGUACAUUCAAGAUUUGUGUGAGAUGCUGAGGAAAUUCGGCUCCUCCUUGGAGUUCACAGAACUCCUCACACUGGUGAACAGGAAAGUUUCUCAGCGCCGAGUGGACUUUUGCAAAGACCUGAGUGCAAUUGGGAAGAAGCAGGUCCCCUGCUUUGCCUCCAUGCUGACGAAAAAGCUGCAUUUCUUUCCGAAAUCAUCAUAAGGCUAUUUUGUUAGAUGUAUUUGUAUUCAAAAUAGAUUCCUCCUUUUUCUAAAGCAAUAUAAAUAAGUAUCACUCGAUUAAAGCUUAUGGUGUGGCAAUUUAAAAUGUUUUAUGGUUUAAUGAGAGAACUUUUUUAAAAAAUAGUUCAUACUGGGCAUGGUGAAAGGGUUUGAUAGAUGUAGACACAAAAUCCUCAGGGAAUUACUGUUAAAAAAAUCCAUAAGCAUUUUAAUACCUGAUUUUUGUAACUUGUGAGAUUACAGUAAAUAUCUGGCUGAUUUAACUUGUCUUUUGUAAAAUUUUUAAUAAAAGUUUUUUAA